AUGAAGGAGAUGGCACAGGUCCCGGUGCCUAGCAAGGAUCCUACAGUCAAAGAUGAACAAAAGCCUAAAGUUGCUAAGUCUAUCAACCCUGCAGAAGACUCUUCUUUCGACGAGGAGCUCUCGCUAGAGGAUCGCAAACUAAAAGAAGACCUAGAGAUGGCGGUAAAUCGAGUUUGUGAUGAGAAGGAAGAGGUGGGCGUCAAGAAGCUGGCAUUGGAGCUACUACGACGUGAGAUUCGGACGGCCACGUCGUCCAUGACGUCGGUGCCCAAGCCAUUGAAGUUCUUGCGACCUUCUUACGACAAGCUCAAGAUGGCGUUUGCAAGUUUUCAGGAUGGAGAAGCCAAGAAACUAAUGGCGGACGUGCUGGCUGUACUAGCCAUGACCAUGGCCAAGGAGGGUUCCCGUGAAAGCCUUAAGUUUAAGUUGCUAGGCAACAGCAUAGAGUUAGGCUCAUGGGGUCAUGAGUUUGUACGCUCAUUGACUGGAGAGGUGGGUGAGGAGUAUAAUGCUCGAAUCACAGCGGUAGAUGCAGUAGACCCGGACGUGAGCGACCUGCUAAAGAUUGUGGACGCCAUCGUGCCGUUCCAUAUGCAGCACAAUGCUGAGCCCGAGGCAAUUGAUAUUUUGAUUGAAGUACAGCAGCUCUCAAAUUUGUUGGAGUGUCCGGAUAUUGACGAAAAAAAUUACCAGAGAGUGUGUCUCUAUCUGCUGUCGUGCGCUGACUACAUGUCUGAUGCUGAUGAUUUGGUGAAUCUACUUAACACGGCGUACUCACUGUUCCUGCGUCUGGAGCAGUACCCAGAUGCACUGCGUGUGGCCCUACGUGCGAGCAACGAUGACUUUAUUGCUGAAGUCUUCCAGAAGUGCAAGGAUGACGUUGUGAGGAACCAGAUGGGGUACAUCUUGGGUCGCCAGCGCUGUUUCUACGAGGAUGAGAGUGAGGUGUCUGUUAAUGAGAUUAUUGGCAAUUCAGACUUGAAUGACAAGUUUUUGUCGCUUGCUCGUGACCUUGAUGUCGUGGAGGCUAAGACACCUGAGGACAUUUACAAAUCGCACUUGUCGGAGACGGCUAGUGUGGGUCGCAGUCGUGACUCUGGUUCUCAGCCUGCAGACUCAGCGCGUGCUAACUUAGCCUCGACGUUUGUGAACGCUUUGGUGAAUGCCGGCUACGGAACGGACAAGCUCAUGACCCCGGAGGGAAACACGUGGCUAUACAAGAACAAGAAACACGGUAUGAUGAGCGCAGCUGCGUCAUUGGGAAUGAUCAUGCUUUGGAAUGUAGAAGAGGGUAUCACGCAGAUCGACAAGUACCUUUACUCUGGGGAUGAGUACGUCAAGGCCGGUGCGAUUCUUGGUGUUGGUGUUGUCAGCGCCGGUAUUCGUAACGACUGCGACCCUGCUCUUGCGCUGUUGUCUGAGCACAUUGACUCGGGCAACUGCUCCAUUCGCUGUGCUUCCUGCUUGGGCUUGGGUAUUGCAUACGCUGGAUCGGCGCGUGAAGAUGUGUCUGAGUUACUGAUUCCGGUGGUUUCACAUGCUGAUGAAAACGCUGAUAUUCAAGAGGUGUCGUACGCUGCGCUGGCGCUCGGCAUGGUUGAAGUGGGUACUUGUGACGAAGAGGCUGGAAGUGUGCUGAUGCAACGAUUAAUGGAGAGCUCAGACGCAGAGUUGGACUCUUCAUGCGCGCGUUUCCUUGCUCUUGGGCUUGGUCUGCUAUAUCUUGGCCGCCAGGAGCGUGUAGAGGCGAUGCUGGAAGCUGCUAAGACUAUUGAGCACAAGAUGUCCAAAUAUCUGGCUAUCACACUGGAAACAUGCGCUUAUGCUGGUUCGGGCAACGUACUUAAGGUUCAACAGCUUCUGCGAACUUGCGCUGAACACAUUGAGGACCCUAUUGAGGCGCAACAUCAGAGUGUUGCCGUUCUCGGUAUUGCUCUGAUCACGAUGGGUGAAAAUAUUGGCAGUGAAAUGGCGAUGCGAUCGUUUGACCACUUGCUACAGUACGGUGAAGUGGUGGUACGCCGUGCAGUGCCUCUAGCAUUUGCUCUGUUGAGCGUGUCGAAUCCGGAGUAUGCACUAAUUGAUACGCUGUCGCGCCUUACUCAUGAUAUUGACUCGGGUGUCGCUCAGAAUGCCAUUCUAGCUCUCGGCCUGGUAUCGGCUGGCACAAACAACUCGCGAGUGGCUGGUUUGCUUCGUCAACUGUCAGAGUUCUACAAUCGCGAGGCAAACCACCUCUUUGUUGUUCGAAUUGCUCAAGGUUUGCUACACAUGGGCAAGGGUCUCAUGACCCUGCACCCGUUCCACUCAGACCGUUUGAUUAUGUCUCCAAUGCAACCACGUAUGCUAAUUACGCUAGAUGAGGAGCUGAACCCGCUUCCAGUAUCUGUCCGAGUUGGCCAGGCGGUUGAAAUUGUGGGCCAAGCUGGUCGCCCUAAGUCUAUCACGGGUUUUCAGACGCACACGACACCUGUGUUAUUGAAUGUGAAGGACCGUGCGGAGCUCGCGACUGAAGAGUAUCUCCCGCUUACGAACGUGCUAGAAGGCGUUGUUAUCCUCCGAAAGAACCCAGAUUACGAACCGGAGACUUAA